AUGACUGACGAAGCACCUGAACAAGACUAUCCAGAAGUCCGAGAGAUCCUCGGUUCCGUAUGUAAUGAUCAAGAAGUAGCCAGUGCCCUGUAUGCUUUUCUAAUCUCUGGUAACAUUGGUACAGCUCGGGCUGUGGGUUCUCUCUCACCAGCUUUCAUAGCAGCCUCUCUCUCUAAUAUACCUGUUCCGGAGGGGAAAAAUCCAGCUCUCUGGAAGGGCACGAUUGCGUCUCUCCUGGCGGCCGCCAGAGAUGAGGCAGCUGACCAACUACUAGUCCAAGUAACCCGAGCUAAGAGGGACGUCAGUGAGUCUUCCACUCCGUUGCUUGGCAAAUCUACUGCUCAGAAGCGGCGGCAAUCUAAACUGCUGACCUCAUCUAUGAAGUUGUUGGCGACGAAGCUUGGUUGCAGCGGCCUACCGGCAAGUUUGGUCCCCCCGCAGAAAAUGUUCGACUGCUUAUGGUUGAAUAUGACCACGUUCGUCGACUUUAACAAGUUCAUGUCGCAGACAUCGGAGCUUUCGUCGAACGCGGCCGACGGCGUCCUUGCUGAAGACUUGGAGGACCGCCCAGUUUUAAUCAAGUCCACAUCUACGCCACAAAAUGGAGCCAAACAGCAGCGGGAACGUAAUCUUACUGCUAAAUGGUCCCGAGCGUUUUGGUGGUUCGCCAUCGCUCUAUUGUCCGUACAGGAAGCACUCCAUCUGAAAGAUGGCUCGCUCGGGAACAGUGUCGACAUCCCCAAUGCUUGCCUCGCCAACGUCGAGCUCGAAGGUCAACCUAUUGACAAUAUGCAUGUCGCGGUGGAUCUCGGACACUAG